GGAAGGACUUCGGCGGCGCCCUCAGAGCAAAUUGUGCAGAGCUUCCGGCAGAGCGGCCCUCAGCAGGACAGAAUAUUGAGUAAUACAAUACAGUAAGAAAAAAAUGGAUGAAGAGCCUGAAAGAACUAAGCGAUGGGAAGGAGGCUAUGAAAGAACAUGGGAGAUUCUUAAAGAAGAUGAAUCAGGAUCACUUAAAGCUACAAUAGAAGACAUUCUCUUCAAAGCAAAGAGAAAAAGGGUAUUUGAGCACCAUGGACAAGUUCGACUUGGAAUGAUGCGCCAUCUUUAUGUGGUAGUAGAUGGAUCAAGAACAAUGGAAGACCAGGAUUUAAAGCCAAAUAGACUGACAUGUACUUUAAAGUUGUUGGAAUACUUCGUAGAGGAAUAUUUUGAUCAAAAUCCUAUUAGUCAGAUUGGAAUAAUUGUAACAAAGAGUAAAAGAGCUGAAAAACUGACUGAACUCUCAGGAAACCCAAGGAAACACAUAAUAUCUUUGAAGAAAGCUGUAGAUAUGACUUGCCAUGGAGAGCCAUCUCUUUAUAACUCCUUAAGCAUGGCUAUGCAGACUCUAAAACACAUGCCCGGACAUACAAGUAGAGAAGUCCUAAUCAUCUUUAGCAGUCUCACAACCUGUGAUCCAUCUAAUAUCUAUGAUCUAAUCAAGACCCUAAAGGCAGCUAAAAUUAGAGUGUCUGUUAUUGGAUUGUCUGCAGAGGUUCGGGUUUGCACUGUGCUUGCUCGUGAAACUGGUGGCACAUACCAUGUUAUUUUAGAUGAAAGCCAUUACAAAGAAUUGCUGACACAUCAUGUUAGUCCUCCGCCUGCCAGCUCAAGCUCUGAAUGCUCACUUAUUCGUAUGGGAUUUCCUCAGCAUACCAUUGCUUCUCUGUCUGAUCAAGAUGCAAAACCCUCUUUCAGUAUGGCGCAUCUGGAUAGCAACACUGAGCCAGGACUUACAUUAGGAGGCUACUUCUGCCCCCAGUGUCGGGCAAAGUACUGUGAGCUUCCUGUUGAAUGUAAAAUCUGUGGUCUUACUCUGGUGUCUGCUCCCCACUUGGCACGGUCUUACCAUCACUUAUUUCCUUUGGAUGCUUUUCAAGAUAUUCCCCUGGAAGAACAUAAUGGAGAAAGAUUUUGUUAUGCCUGUCAGGGGGAACUGAAAGACCAACAUGUCUAUGUUUGCACUGUGUGCCAAAAUGUUUUUUGUGUGGACUGUGAUAUUUUUGUUCAUGACUCUCUCCAUUGUUGUCCUGGCUGUAUUCAUAAGAUUCCAGCUCCUUCAGCUAUUUGAUUCCAGCAUAUAAUACACAUUGAGUGUGUUAAAAAGACAUUUGCGACUGUAAAUAAAAUGAUUCUUUAGAAGAAACUCCAGUGAAGAACAGUUCAAAAGGAAAGUCUGAUCUAAGAAACCUAUUACUUUAAAGCUUCCUCUGUAAUGAUUGGUAAAGUAUUUACUUAAUGAUGUAUAUCUAAUACCGCCAUUUUGGUGGUUUGUUAUCUGAGACUGGUUUACCUUUUAUAGUUCAGGUUAAUGAACUAUCCUUGUUAGCCUCACUCAUGUUCAUACCCAGGGACUGUUUAACUUAAUCCCCCUCAACUUUCCUACCCUGGGUCAUCAGAAAAAUGUAGGUGAGAAUGUAUGAUGAGGUCCAUGUUUCAGGUUCAAUGAAGAUAUACUGUUAUAGGCAGGACUCUUUCUAGGGUAUACCCUUCUGAGAGUGAAUCAGGUUUCCAUAGCAAAGGUAUGUUUAUUUUAAAUCUACGAACUUUAGUCACUCUAAAUUGAGUUUCACUAUGAUAUUCAUGAUUUUAUAAAUAACAAUUCUUAGUGAAGAAUGUUAUCAGUAAAGACAAUGUAAUCCCACCCUGGAGAGUCUAUUCAAUAAAUCUUGGAGGAAGCCCAGGAAUAUGCAUUAUUUUCAGUUAUAUAUAUAUAUAUAUUCUUUUUCAGAUUCUUUUCCCUUAUAGGUUAUUAGAAAGAAUAUGUAUUUUUAGCAGCACAUGUGUGCACACACACACUAAGACAUAAUUUGACCAAAGUACAGAUCUUUCUCUUUCUCUGACUCUUGAGUCAUACUCUCCGCGCCUAGACCCAAAGGGUUCUUUACAAGUAAACAGACUUCGGCUCUAGGUAACCAAAUUAACUGCUGUCUUCCUUCCUUUUGCUCUGUCCACAAGAGGUAUCAGUGGCUUGAAGGAGAUGCCUUUAACAUAAUCAGAAUAUUUUAUCUCCCCCUACUUGAAUUAAAAGAAAGGCCAUGAGUAGGCACCUCUUGAAAAGUUACUUAGAAAUAUAUUAGACACACACUCACACUACUGUAUAUAAAAGGGACAUUGAGUGCCUUUUUGGGGGAUGCUUUAUCUCUUUCUACAAUUUUGGGUUUUAUUUGUAUACUUGAUAAGGUUAAAGUGAAUAUUUUAGUUAGACGUAAGGAGGAGUUUCCAGUCUCAAAAUUAUAGAGAGGGCUUCCCUGGUGGCGCAGUAGUUAAGAAUCUGCCUGCCAAUGCAGGGGACACAGGUUUGAGCCCUGGUCCGGGAAGAUCCCACAUGCCACGGAGCAACUAAGCCCAUGAGCCACAGCUACUGAGCCUGCGCUCUAGAGCCCACGAGCCACAAAUGCUGAGCCCACGUGCUGCAACUACUGAAGCGCGCACGCCUAGGGCCUGUGCUCUGCAACAAGAGAAGCCACCACAACGAGAAGCCCACACACCGCAACAAAGAGUAGCCCCCCGCUCGCCGCAACUAGAGAAAGCCUGCGCACAGCAACGAAGACCCAACGAAGCCAAAAAUAAAUAAAUUAAUUAAUUUAAAAAAAAUUAUUGAGAAAAUCCUGGUUUGUUUAAGAUUAUAGAAAUAAAAAUGGUGAUCUAAUAAUACUGUUAGUUCUG